GCUCAUACAUAAUGUCCCCAGUUACAUUUGAAAAAGGUUCUAAUGUUCUAGUUACCGGUGUAACUGGAUUCAUUGCCGCUCACGUUGCAAACCAGUUUUUGAAAGCUGGAUAUAGCGUCACUGGAACCGCUAGAAGCCAAGCCAAAGCUGAUUCCAUCCUAGCAUUGUUUGCGGACUAUGGAAGCGAUAAGUUCAAAGUAGUCAUCACUGGAGACUUAGAAAAAGAAGGAGCUUUUGACGAAGCUGUUAAAGACGUCGACGCCAUUGCCCACGUUGCCUCUCCAACCAGCUUUAAUCCGGAGGACCCAAUCAGAGACGUCAUCAAUCCUGCUGUUAAUGGAACACUCAGCCUCCUACAAUCCGCACACAAAUAUGGCAAGAACGUCAAACAUGUCGUCGUCACGUCAAGCAGUGCAACUCUCCUUGAUCCAUUAAAUGAAUCACCACGUGUCUAUACCGAAGAGAACUGGAAUGACCAAGUGUACGAAACUGUUAGCCAAUGGAAGAAGGGUGAUCCAGUCAACGGCGGUUUCGCCUAUGCAGCAAGCAAAGUCGCAGCAGAGCGCGCCUUGUGGAAAUUCCAGAAGGAAGUGUCUCCAAAGUUCACCAUCAAUACUAUCUUACCUGGUGUCACAUUUGGAGCUGUUAUCCCAACACCCAAGUCAUCUAAUGACAUAACAGGAACACCUGCAAUGAUCACUGUGUAUUAUAGCGGGAAAGCUACUGAUGUUACAACUUCCAGCGUCUUUCUCCAUUAUGUGAAUGUCGAGGACGUUGGUUUAGCACAUGUGCGUGCCAUUGAAAGGGGCUCUGAAACAAAUGGCGAACGAUUCAUCUUGAUCGCUAGAGGCUAUGCUCUUCAAGAGGUUGUUGAUAUCCUGCGCAAGCAUUACCCCGAACGCAAGGACAUUAUCGUCGAAGGUACCCCCGGCCAAUACCCGAAGUUCACUCAAUCGAUUGAUGGCAGCAAAGCUACCCGAAUUCUAGGCAUCGAAUAUAAGAGUUUGGAGACUAGCUUGGUCGAGUUGAUUGACAGUGUCAAACAGCUUUAUUAAAAAUAUAACGCUUUACGACGAUCUAUACCAUAUCAUUUAGUGAGAUAAAGCG